CUUAACUUUAGCUUUGACCCCUCCUGGAGCCGGUUCCACUUCCUCUUCCUCUCUCUCCUCACACGCACAAUAAUCUUUGGAGUCUUGGACUGGACAUCCAACGCUUUCUAACACUACUAAAGCUUUCUUUCCUUGCUUUUUCCCAUCUCUAGCUUCACUCGUCUUGUUCUUCUUUUUUCUGUCCACAGACAGGAGCAAGUAUUUCUAUUUCCCCUCUUUCUCUCACUAUAGCAGUGGUGCUAUUUUCUCUGCUAAAGCAAACCCUAAAGUUCUGAUCUUUGAAACCAGACGUAAUCCUUUUCUGAAGCUGCUCUUUAUGAAGUUGGAGAGGAAAUAUUUAGGUCAAUUAAUGGGAACCGUCAUGAGGUUGAAGCUUGGGAUAAAGUAAUGGGUUUGCUUAAUUUGUUCUUUUUAAGGAGCUUAGAUUUCUUCCAAUGGCCUCAAAAGCUAGUUCCAGAGGAUCCUCAGAACAGCUGAAAGGGGCUACUAAUCAAACAGAAGCAAAUUCUCGAAGACCUUCACCUUUGCAGAUUUCAAAGACAAGCAAAUCAGAGCUUCUUACCCCCCAAAAGCUGCCAAGGUCUGUACAACUUUCAUCAUCCAAGCAGGCUAAUUUAGAAGCUUCAGAAGAUCAAAGAUCACCAGAUCCUCAUCAAAAGGGGUCAGGUGACUUGUUGCUCAAUAAAAAUGAUUCAAAUUGUUCCUUAGGAGUUCCUAAAGAACCUUCAAAUAAGGUAGAUCCUGCAGUUAAUGACAUUAGGGACUCACUGGAAGACAUCGAAGACCAAGAAAAGAAAAAAUCUGAGCAUGGAAGUGUGAAGGAUAGCUCAGCUUCAGCAAAAGUUAGUGAUGGGACUAGCAGUCUCACCAAGACCAGUGGAAGUGCCAAGAUUAGUGAUCGUGUUGAUUUUGUUGAGAGUGGCAAGAGCAGUAUGUGUAGAGGAAGUACAAGCAGUGAUGUGAGUGAUGAGAGUUCCUGUAGCAGCAUAACUAGCAGUAUCAGCAAGCCUCAUAAAGCAAAUGAUUCAAGAUGGGAAGCCAUACAGGCUGUCCGUGCAAGAGAUGGGGUUUUGGGUUUGAGCCAUUUCCGACUUCUCAAGAGGUUGGGGUGUGGGGAUAUUGGGAGUGUCUAUCUGUCAGAGUUGACUGGGACCAAGUGUUAUUUUGCAAUGAAGGUUAUGGACAAGGGUUCUCUAGCAAGCCGAAAGAAGCUGCUUCGGGCUCAGACAGAAAGAGAGAUACUGCAAUGUUUGGACCAUCCGUUCCUUCCAACACUAUAUACCCACUUUGAGACUGACAAGUUCUCAUGUUUGGUAAUGGAGUUCUGCCCUGGAGGAGAUUUGCACACCCUUCGGCAGAGACAGCCAGGGAAACAUUUUUCUGAACAAGCAGUGAAGUUUUAUGUAGCAGAGGUUCUUUUGGCUCUGGAGUACCUCCACAUGCUGGGGAUAGUGUAUCGUGACCUGAAGCCAGAAAAUGUUCUCGUGAGGGAAGAUGGUCACAUAAUGCUCUCAGAUUUCGAUCUCUCUCUCCGUUGUGCCGUCAGCCCAACUCUUGUCAGGUCCUCCUCUCUCGAGUCCGAACCCUUUCGGAAGAACCCCAUGUACUGUGUGCAGCCAGCUUGCAUUGAACCUUCCUGCAUUCAGCCAUCUUGUGUAGUCCCCACAACAUGCUUUUCCCCGCGCCUCUUCUCUAGCAAAUCGAAGAAGGAGAGGAAACCCAAAAAUGAGAUUGGAAACCAGGUGAGCCCAUUGCCAGAGCUCAUUGCAGAGCCAACAGGGGCACGAUCAAUGUCGUUUGUUGGAACACACGAGUACUUGGCACCUGAGAUCAUCAAAGGUGAAGGACAUGGCAGUGCUGUAGACUGGUGGACAUUUGGGAUCUUUCUAUAUGAGCUGUUGUUCGGGAAGACGCCAUUCAAAGGGUCGGGGAAUCGGGCAACACUGUUCAAUGUUGUAGGGCAGCCAUUGCGAUUCCCAGAAUCACCAGUUGUUAGUUUCCAAGCAAGGGAUCUGAUAAGGGGUCUCCUCGUGAAGGAGCCACAACACAGGCUGGCUUACAAGCGGGGUGCCACAGAGAUAAAGCAGCAUCCCUUCUUCGAAGGUGUGAACUGGGCUUUGAUCCGUUGUGCCAGCCCACCCGAGAUUCCAAAGCCGGUAGAGAUAGAGCGAAUUUCAGCCCCUACAGCAUCGACAAGUGAGAAGGCUGCCACCGUCAAUGAGAAGAGCUCUGGUAAUUAUCUUGAGUUCGAUUUCUUUUAGUGGUUUGCGAUUCUUUUCUGUAUUGGAGAGGGACAAUGCUGGGGAUCUUAUCUUCUUCAAAUAUGCAUAGAUGACGAUGUGUUUGUUGUUGGGAACCAUUCCAAAUUUUAAUUGCAACAAAGGCCAGCUACCAAAUCUUCUCCAUCCCUAAAUACAAGAUUCACUUUUCGCCUUAUUC